UCCACAGUCGAGACUCCUCCUCUGAGGUCAGCUAAGGAAGUUUGCUAACGUUAGCCGGUUAGCCAUUGUACCAACUUGCUGUCAGAGCCGAGGCACGGAUGCCCUCACAGCUUUUACUUAUUUUGUGCCUUUUUACUUUGCACUUUUAGAUACUUUCACGCUUGAUAAUAUAUAUACUUUUCUUGUAAGUACUCAGUUUAUUAGUUUGAACUAUGGCCAGUUUGCUUUCUGUGCAAAGGGCAGCCUGUCUAAGGAAAUAUGGAAUUCUAAUUAAUUUAAGAAGGCCCUGUUUGGAAGUUUGUUCUCGACUCUACAGCCAAAAGACUUCAUCUUCGGAGUACUUGAACGAAAGCAUUGUGCCAUCGAUGCACUACCAGAAGAGUUUGCCCAGAUUACCCAUACCCAAACUGGAAGACACUAUCAGGAGGUAUUUAGCAGCCCAGAAGCCCCUGUUGGACAGUGACCAGUUCAGAACAACAGAGAAAAAUGCUACUGACUUCCAGAACGGUGUGGGGAAACAGCUACACGAAGAGCUGGUGGCUCAGGACAAAAACAAUAAGCACACAAGCUACAUCUCAGGUCCAUGGUUUGAUAUGUAUCUGUCCGCGCGUGACUCCGUUGUCCUGAAUUUCAACCCUUUCAUGUCAUUCAAUCCUGACCCCAAAAAGGAAUACAAUGACCAGCUGGUGCGGGCGUCCAACAUGGUGUGUUCAGCCGUGCGCUUCAUGAAAACACUGCGUGCCGGACUACUGGAGCCGGAGGUCUUCCACCUGAACCCGGAGAAGAGCAACACAGACGCUUUCAAAAGCUUCAUUCGCUGGGUGCCUUCUUCGCUCUCUUGGUACGGGGCCUAUAUGGUGAAUGCGUACCCCCUGGACAUGUCUCAGUACUUCCGCCUUUUCGGUUCUACUCGCAUUCCCAAACAGGGGCGGGACGAGCUCUUCACCGACGAGAAGAGCCGACACGUUUUAGUCAUGAGAAAAGGACACAUGUACGUGUUUGACGUGGUGGACGGGGAUGGGAAUUUGGUGAAGCCCGCAGAAAUCCAUUCCCACUUGAAGUACAUUUUGUCUGACCCCACACCAGCGCCUGCCUUCCCCCCGGGCGUCCUGACCAGCGAGAACAGAGACGUUUGGGCCGGGUUAAGAGACAAGCUCGUGGCCGCCGGAAACGCGGAGGAUUUACGGAUCGUGGACAGUGCCCUCUUCUGCCUCUGCCUGGAUGAGGAGGACAUGCGGGACCACAUUCACACCUCCCACAACAUGCUGCACGGCAACGGCUACAAUCGGUGGUAUGACAAGUCCUUCACCAUCAUAGUGGCCAAAGAUGGCCAGGCGGCCAUUAAUUUUGAGCACUCCUGGGGCGAUGGAGUGGCUGUCCUCCGCUUUCAGAACGAAGUCUUCAAAGACACAACCGAGAAGCCAGUGGUCCACCCUGGUUCUCCCGCAGCUCCUGCAGAUUCAGCCUCCGCCGUGCGCAGAGUGCACUUCAACCUGGACACCGAGUUGGAGACGGGCAUCAAAAAGGCUACGGAGAACUUUGACUCGGCCGUGUCAAAGCUCACCAUCGACGCUAUGGAGUUCAAGAAAGGAGGAAAGGAGCUGCUGAAGAAGAGAAAGCUGAGUCCGGACGCCAUAGCCCAGCUGGCUUUUCAAAUGGGAUACUUGAGGCAAUACGGUCACACAGCCGCCACCUAUGAAUCUUGCAGCACAGCGGCGUUCAAACAUGGCCGUACCGAAACCAUCCGACCAGCCAGCCUCUACACCAAACAGUGCUCGCACGCCUUUGUGCAUGAACCUGGCAAACACAGUGUGGAGCAGCUGCAUGCCAUGCUAAAUGAGUGCUCUAAAUAUCACAAUCAGCUUACGAGAGAAGCAGCUAUGGGUCAAGGAUUCGACCGUCACCUGUUUGCCUUGCGUUACUUGGCCAACUCGAAGGGCCAGGCUCUCCACAGCAUGUACACAGACCCAGCCUACGCUGCCAUUAACCACAACAUCCUCUCCACCAGCACUCUGUCCAGUCCUGCGGUCAGUCUCGGUGGCUUCGCACCGGUGGUGCCCGACGGGUUCGGCGUCGGUUACGGUGUCCACGACGACUGGAUCGGCUGCAACGUGUCCAGCUAUCCGGCUCGCAAUGUCCACGAGUUUCUGCAGUGUGUCCAAAAGUCCUUGGAGGACAUUUUUAGUGUUCUGGAAGGAAAGCCACUCAGCUGAGAAGAAAAUGUUUGUUAUGAAAAUUGUGGUAAAGAUUGUGCGGUCAACUGUUAGCUCUUGAAAGGAUACAAAAGGAAAAAAAAAGAAGGAUCAGACAAGUGUCAACAUUGCUUUCGUUUUUUUUUUUUUAAGCAAUGGCAGCAAGCUUUUUUUUAAAUGCUGGUAGUUAUUGAUGAAACCUGAAAUCUCCUGCAGUAAAAUGAUUAUGUGAAGAAUUCACUGAAUUUCAAGCUCAUCAAUGUAACACGUUUUCAUUGUCAUCACUGGUUGAUUUAAUACCUCAAAUGAAAUGUAAAAAGAAAAUAAAGCCUUAAUAUUAACUUUCCAUAAAAUUAUUCUGUUUUUAGAUUUAAAGAACGCAGAGGACCAUUUCUUUCUUG